AUCACCCCCUCUGUACACUUAAAUACUCUAUUAACUUUUAUUAUAUGACUUAGUCUUCUCAAAUCCCAAAAAAAGUCCACACAACUCUCUCUCUUCUCUUCUUCUUCUUCUUCUGCUUCUUGUUGAGAGAGAGAAGAGAUUAUAUGGCUGUGGAGCUCAUGACUCGGAAUUACAUCUCCGGCGUCGGAGCUGAUAGCUUCGCCGUUCAAGAAGCAGCAGCUUCAGGACUCAAAAGCAUGGAAAAUUUCAUUGGUUUAAUGUCUCGUGACAGCUUAAACUCCGACCAACCAUCUUCUUCUUCCGCCACAGCCGAUCUCGAAUCAGCUCGUAACACGACGGCAGACGCGGCGGUUUCGAAGUUUAAAAGAGUCAUAUCUCUUUUAGAUCGAACUCGAACCGGUCACGCCAGGUUUAGACGCGCUCCAGUUCAGGUUAUGAAUCAGGAAGAACCUAAAACAACACCGUUUCAUUCUCCUCCUCUUCCUCCUCCGCCUCCACCGCCGCAACAGAUGAUGAUACGUAAAGGUUCGUUUACGUCAUCGAUCAAAACGAUUGACUUCUCAUCUCUCUCAUCUGUAACAACGGAAUCAGAACACAAUCAUCGUCCCUCCGAGACGGCGCCGUUUAGGAGUCAAACUCAAAGCCUCUCCACGACUGUCUCUUCUUUCUCCAAACCAAACUCAAAGAGAAAAUGUAAUUCCGAGAAUCUCCUCGCCGGAAAAUGCGCUUCCGCUUCUUCCUCCGGUCGUUGUCACUGCUCCAAGAAAAGAAAGAUAAAACAGAGGAGAGUGAUUAGGGUUCCGGCGAUAAGUGCUAAAAUGUCCGAUGUUCCUCCAGAUGAUUACUCAUGGAGAAAAUACGGACAAAAACCAAUUAAAGGAUCUCCACAUCCAAGAGGAUAUUAUAAGUGCAGUAGCGUAAGAGGUUGUCCAGCACGUAAACAUGUUGAGAGAGCAGCUGAUGAUUCGUCGAUGUUAAUCGUUACUUACGAAGGUGAUCAUAAUCAUUCUCUAUCCGCCGCUGAUCUUGCCGGAGCAGCUGUAGCUGAUCUUAUUUUGGAAUCGUCUUAAAAGACCAAAUCUUACUUGUUAUUAAGGCUUUUAUACUAUGAAUUUUAGAGAUCUCUAAUUAGUAAAAAAAACAAACGAUGGAGAACAAUGAAAAUAAUGUAAUCAAAAGCUUUUUGCGGAAAGAUAUCAAAUUGUAGUUUAUGUUAAAAUUGUAUUUGUUAGUUAUAAAUUGUGAUAUAUUUUUAUUUUCA